UAAUACGCGGGUUUUGUCGAUAGAUUAAAUAGAAAUAUUUUACAAUCGAUCUUACCAAAUUACCAAAAAAAGUAGUUGUCUGCCAAAAAAUAGACAUUAAAAAGUGGUAAAAUUGUAACGGGGUGUUGUAAGGGAAGGGCCUUUAAUGAAAAUCAGAUGUGUGAUAAACGGCAUGACACUACGAUAUUGUAGCCAUAAUUUUAUAACUUAUCGAUUUUACAUUAGUUAUACAUACAUCACUAGGCCGCGGUGAUUUGAAGAUUUUGAAGCAUUUGAAGCCUGUCUGUUGACAAUUUUGUUUAUUUCUUUUAGUGGAUAAAUUUUUAAUGAAGUAUUUAUUCCAUUACUAAAUCCACAAAAUGGUUAUCUCAGAUGCAGAUCAAUACCGCCAGUUUCUAACUAGCCUUCAUCGUGAUGAAUCGCGACCGGCGGCUCUAAAUGACAUCAAAAACUUACUUUCAGUGAAGCCUGCAAAUGAAAUUUCUGCCGUUAUUAGAAAUGUUGGAAUCAAAGAGAUAGUUGAGUGUCUUAAUGUGCCAGACAAGACCCAAUUUCACUUAACAUGUGAAGUGCUGAAGCUGUGCUGUGAGAAGUUUGAGCUCGGCGGCAUCAUCAAAAAUUACACAGGCUAUUUUAUGUACAUGUUGAGACAUGAAAAGUCCUGUGUUCGGCAGAUAGCAGUUGAUGAGGUAACAAAAGUGGUAACAUCAGACCCGGCACUCCUGCCAGUGCCGCAGUACAUUGACGUGUUCGUGGCAGUAGCGCAGCAGAUCAUUGACAAAGAUGUGUCAAUCACCAACAAAGCUAUCCUUGUUGCCUCCAACCUGCCGUAUGAAGCUUACCCCAAAGUCUUGGACGAAAUGAAGAUAGCCCUUGAGUAUGAUAGCAGCAGUAAAUGUAAUGCUUUUGAGGUGGUAGUGAAUGUCGCCUCAAAGUCACAAGAUCUGCUCAAACUAUGCGCCGACCACCAAUACUUCACAGUAAUGGUAUCCGAGCUAGACACAGAUGACGUGCUAUAUCAGCUGAACAUUCUAGAGCUGAUGUCCCGUCUCGCCCUCACGCCGCACGGGAUCAACCAUUUUGUGAAGACUGGCGUGCUGAAGAGAGUCAGUGAGUUGGUGACUGCACUGCCGAAUAAUCCUUUGAGCAUGUUACUUACACCAGGCUACAUGAAAUUUUUUGGCACAGUCGCUCAUAAGUACCCCCAGGAAAUAUUCACGAAAUACCCUGUCCUGAUGAACUUGAUGUUUGACACGUUCGCCAUUCAGGACCAAGCCACACUGCCUAUAGCUUUGGACACGCUAGGAUUCGUGGGGUCCACUAUUGAGGGGAAACUUAGUUUAGCUGGUUUGGGCAGCCAAUACACCCAAGGCGUCAACGCCGUCGCGCAACUAAUCCGCAACGGCUCAACCGAGAUCAAAGUCCGCGCGCUCCAUUGCUUCGCGAGCCUCAUCGGAGUAGACUUCGGUCGACCAUUACCCCGACCCAUCGACCAUAGAGUGACUUUAAUGACUAGAGAGUGGUUCAGGACUUUAAGCCAGUCACCCAUGGUUACGCUGUUGGAGAUUUGUAAGAAUCCGUUCCCGGAUAUAAGGUCGGGUGGUUUUACGCUGUUGGAUGCGGUGUGUCAGCAUCAGUGGGGCGAGGAGCUAGUGGCACGGACUGCAGGUUUCAUCGAAUAUCUACUUGACCGUUCUGUACACUACCCAAAGGAGUUGAAAGAAGUAAAAUACGGUAUUAUUAGGAGACUGUCUAAUUCACCCGCAUUCGAUGAAAGUAUAAUUUCAAGACUGCAGUUAUAUGUGCAACAAGGUCCAUUUUAUCCUGAAACCGAAAUGCAAGUCGCGACAGAGGAAGCAAAUUAAGUUACGAGAAUUUAAACAAUUGUUUUGUAAAGAAAAGUUUUAUUGUUCAUUAAACACAUUAUAAAAUUA